UAGUGCCACCCCGCCACUUCAAUGUCUAACACAUAUAUAAAAACGAGAUUUUUUUGUUGAAAAGAUUGGCUUUGUUUCAUUUGUUUUCUCACAUCGCGCCGGUUCAUUGUAUUGUGUAUUGAAAAGGAAUGUAUAGUUGGGAAUAAUAUCGGUAUGAUGACGAUCACCAAUAUACUGUGGACUAGCGUCUUGUUAUUGUUUUGUUUAUUGUUAUCAUUCAGCGAAUGCGGGAAAGGAAGCAAGCGGGGUGGUCGGCAUGAUUCAGGAAAACUCGUAGCCACACUGUGCCACUACUACAGUGAUGGCGCGAUGGGAUGCAAAGAAUGCUACGAAGUGGCAAGGUCACAUCGCUCCAACCACAAUUCCACGCUGCUGCCUCCCUGCAAAAGCGUUCAGGGUGUAAAAAGAAGGAACUGGACACUCGAAGACGGAAUAUUACCUAGUGCUAUAAUUGAGCUGAACACGACAAAGCGCGUUACACUGGCAUCGUGUGCGUUCUAUUCCAACAAUAAGACGUACACGUGUGUUGCAACUCGCUUACACUGCGACAACAUGACGGAAGUUGACUGUGCAAACAACACAUCAUGGAGCGGAAGAUAUGAAGGAUCAGUUUCUGAAGGGUUCCGCUGGGUCGCACCGCCCAUUAACGGCUCCAAACCAGCUAAGCAUUUCAACGGCACAUGGAACUCAACAACAAAAGCCCCGCCCGCCCCCAAUGCGACCCUCGACGCGGCGGCCACCACCAGCAGCAUGAACAUUUCCGGGCAGACGACAACGACCAACACCACAUCACCAACCACCACGUCAACCUCAUUCGUACCAUUGUCAAAGGCGUCGUCGACCGCGUUGACAAAGCAGUCAACCACGCAAGGCUCCACUCCAGCCCAGAUCACACAAAUCACCUCACAAGCCGGGUCGACUAAGACACAAAAGACAUCUGACCUUUCCGUCCUUCCCACGUCCACCACCGAUCAGAAGACCUCAUCGUCAUCGACAUCGGAACUCUUGGUACCGGAACGCAUCAAUUCCGCUACCACACCCGGCAAGACGACAUUCACGCUGACCUCCCUCGUAACGACACAGGUACAGUCGUCAGGGACAACAGAGUUCAGUGAGAACUGCACAACAACCUCGUGCACUAUCUUUGUCGAGACAUCGGCACCCAAUACCACCACGAGUGUGCCCCUCGUUACCGGCACCACGCUGGUGACCUCGAUGCAACCAUUCAAUGAAACCCAGGUUCAGGAUAGCCCUAAAGGUGACGAUGGGGAAAAUUCGGUUGGAGAUCGCCAGGACCAUGACACCACUAUAACGAGCACAGCCGCACCCACUACACACUCCGGGUCGAUCAUUACGAUUACGAGUCUGCAGUCUGGUUCGGAAUCAUCAGCGGAAGCGGAUAAGUCUACCAGCCAAUCGUCCACGACGCAUGUGAAAAUGAUCCUCAUGGACGAGGUCAUCACGCCCACGACGGCCGUGCAGAGUACCAGCACACCGGCUACAACCUCCACGACAACGAUGGCAGUAUUUCCGACCUUUGCCACCAAUAUCUCCUCGUCCAAACAUCCGGAGCCCAGAAAGCGUCAACCCAUUCGUCGCAUGUAUUAAUCCGUUUCCAUGUAUUUGUGAUCUUUUAGUGCCGGCUUCGAUUUGAUGCCUUGUUAUUUAAUUUCUUUCAAAAAUGGUCAAGCGAAUCCUGUGGAUUGAAUUUUGGUGUUUGCUGUUUACUGCUAUCUAAGAAAAUCAAUCAUAAACAGUUUAAUUCCUAUCAUGAAAUUUCCGAGUACACCAAACAUCUAUGGAUUCAACAACUUCCUCUGCAUUGGCAGUUAGCGGAGAGUAAGAUCACCAUCGGUCAAUCC